CAUGCAAAUAUAGCCAGCCCGACACAUUCACACGCCACACACACACACACGCACAUAUAUAUAUUUAUAAGCGCACACGCAAACACACAGAGACACACACACAUACUCAAUCAAACGUAGACAGCUCUGUGCAUUCUCAUACCUCACACAAACACACGCACGCAAGCACACACACACACCCUUCUUACACACCCAUACACGAAAGCCUUGGUUCUAUAGCAUUCACACGCAACACAGUCACCCUGCUCUCGUACACACACACACACACACACGCGAUCAGCAUUAUAUACAUACAUACAUACACGGGCAAGCUCUACAAUUUAUGCACACGUAUACUCCACACCACCACACACGCACAUACAACGUGUGUGACUACUUUUAUUAGCACUUACAUACUUGAAAUAUUUCUGUUGAAAUAUCCAAAAGUAUCAUUGAUACACACUCACACAAGACAACUUACACACCACCAGGCCUGACGUUUUUACCAGAGGAAGCAGCAGUUCUUCACAUUGACUGAGACCUUUGACUACAGCGUCGUUGUGACAGCCGCCUCGUUAACCUCCAACUGUAUCUCGAUAAAUUGUCGCCACUACUUGGUGCCCUGCUGGUGUUGGGAAGAGAAAAGAAGAGACGGAGAGAGAGGGAGAAAACCUUUUCAAAGAUUUUUUUCUCCUCUGGAGCAUGUCAACCCAGACAGUUCUUCUACAGAGUGUACUGUGUGACCUGUUUUGUUGAGAAGACAAUCAGUCGGUCCGAGCCACAUUCGUUAAGACUCUACUAGUUCUUGUUUCAUGCUUUCAUUAUCAUCAUGGAGAGGUCUGCCGGGAUUCCAAUCUAUGGUGAAAUGUAUGGCAUGCCAUUCCAUCACAGACUUCCCACACCAAGAAUGCCAACCCUUAGCGACUUUUCUGGCAAGCAUUUCGGCCAGGAACAUGCUCUUGAUACUCAAAGGAUGGCUCCGUUAGGGGGCAAACAAUUUCCUAUUCAUAGCUCACAGAGUUCUCACUCACAGCAAAGGAUGACGCCGAUUGCUGAGAAAUCCAGCCAUCACCAUAGCAACAGUUCUGGGAAGCACAUUCACCAUCGACAUAGUUCUUCUCAUUCACACAGCUCUCAAAGAAUGUUAGAACCCGGUGAGAAAUCUAUCCACAAUAGCAGCAGUGACUCUGGGAAGCAGUACUCCCAUGACACACACAGGAUCUCUCAUGUGGCUGAGAAGUCUUCCCAUAGCUCCGGCAAGCAUAUGUCUCAUGGAAGUUGUCAGGAGACUCCAAGGAUGUCACAUGUUCCAGAGAAAAACAUUCACAACAGCAUCUCCAGUAAACAGAUCUCUUCCCACAGACAUAACUUGGAGAAGGAGAGAAUAGCCUCACCAGUUGACAAACCAGACAAUAACAGCAACAGCGACCUGUCUGGGAGCCAGUUCUCUCAUGAGUCGACUAUAGAGAGCCAGAGACUGCCCUAUAUUGGUCAGACAGUGUUUCCUGGUAACAAUAUGUACAGCAGCCAGUAUUCUCAACCAUGUUACCUACCAACUACUGACAGAAUGCAGUCAAGCUUGGAGGGCGGACAAUCAUCUAAGGAGAGUUCUUCUCAAAAGAGCUCCACUUCUAGUAUUGAUAAAUCAUUCCAUGGUGAUGUGUCUCAAAAACAAUAUGGCCCGAACAAAUUGUCGCCAAGCCAACCCAAACCACAAGUAUUGAGGCAGCUCUUCUGCGAUUACUGUGGCAAGAAGUUUGCUCAGGAAUAUUUGAUGCACAUGCACCGAAGGAAACACACAGGAGAGAAACCGUUCCAAUGCGAUAUCUGCAACAAACAGUUCUCUCGCAAAGAUGUUAUGAAAAGACAUAAGAAAAACCAUAUGGAGGGUCUUGUCCAAUCCCCCAAAGUUCUUGGAAACAGCUACCAAGUUCCUAUGCAAGAGAAUUCUCAAAUGGCGAAAAAGCAGUUUACACCAGAUAAACUAUUUCAAUGCGAUGUAUGCAUGAAGUAUUUCGGUACGAGGAAUUAUCUUGAAAUUCAUAAGAGGACUCAUACUGGGGAGAAACCAUUCCAAUGUGAUUUCUGUAUCCAAAAAUUUGCUCGAAGAGACACGCUUCAGAUCCAUCGACGCACCCAUACUGGAGAGAUGCCAUUCCAGUGUGAAGUCUGUCAGGAGAGAUUUUCACAGCGAAUAAAGCUUCAGAUUCAUCAGAAAACACACAUUUUGAAGAAACGGCACCAAUGCGAAUUUUGUCUGAAGCAUUUUGCACAAAGGUAUUACCUACAGAUCCAUCGACGACUGCACACCGGUGAAAAACUGAUGCACUGUGACAUUUGUUUGAAGAAGUUCACUCAAAAACAUUACUUAAUCAUUCACCGAAGAACCCACACGGGAGAGAAACCAUUCCAGUGUGACUUUUGCAUCCAGAAAUUUGCUCGCAAAACGACCCUUCAAAUUCACCGGAGGACUCACACGGGGGAAAAACCGUUCCAUUGUGAGAUUUGUGACAAGAGGUUC